AUUUGAAGUACAGCACAGGUUAUUUCCUUCUCUCUCUCACACUCUCUCUCUCGUCACACACACACACACACACACAGUUUCAGUGACGUAAAACCACUUAUGAACACUUGCCGAGUUGACAAUACCCCAGCAUCCUGUCUCUGAAGAUGGACUUUGACUACCAAAAAAUUAAAGACGAGGAAUCUCGUCAGAGGGAAGAGCGAAUCAGCUCUCUCCCAGUCCUUCAGUCAAAACCCAUGCCUGGGCCAUCUACUGCUCCAGAAGCUCCAUCCACUAUCCGAAAGCCUCCAAUCAAACCCAGACGCAGCAUCAAAUACCAUCCCGACACGCAGCCGGGAUCAGGACAAUCACACAGCCAGGCCGAUCAGAAGGAGAAUGAGGAACGGAAGCGAAUCGCUCCAUCUCAGGUGCUAAACCCUACAGGGCCCCUGGAUGCUCAAACUCCAUCUCUGCAGGCUCAUAAUCUGCUGUGGUUUCAGAGAACGCAGCUGCCUCGGCUGUCAAAACCCAUGCCCUGCUGGCUCCAUGGCUUUGCCACACGAAGGGAAGCAGAGCAGCUACUGCAGGAUAAGCAGCAGGGCUGUUUCCUGUUGAGGCUCAGUGAGUCGAAGGUUGGCUUUGUGCUCUCUUAUAGAGGUGCAGAUAAGUGCCGUCACUUCAUCAUAGAGGAAGAACGCGAUGCAUCUGGGAUGAAAGGUCAAUACAUCAUAGCUGGCGAGAACAGCAGGCACUGCAGUCUUGAGGAACUGAUAAACUACUAUACCCACAAUCCAGUGGGGCCUUUUAACGAAACACUCACUGUGCCUUGUGUGCAGCCUAAUGACCUCUGCCAGGAUAAAGCAAAGCUCGAAGUGAGAAACAACACAGAAAGAGAGGAAGAAACGGUAGCCACUCCACCAGCUAGCAGAGAAUACCCUCCCACAGGCUCCACAGGACAGGAUGUCCAUGUUGUCCCAGAGUCAGCACAGUACGCUGUGGUCAGGAAAGCUCUGAGGAAGACUCACUCAAUAUCAGAAUCCAUGACUGCUUCUGACAUGCAGCCACUUGUCCAAGAAGAUACAGAAACGAAAAUCGAGAAUGACACACCAGAGCCUGUGUUUGGCAGUGCAGACAUGUGUGCAGGAGGAGAUGUGGCCCACCCUGUGGACGCCCCCUACGCACGUGUCAACAAACCCCAGCGGCCAGCACAGCCUUCCUCCAUUGAUGACCCUGAUGCCAGCGUAUGGGGGGCAUCGGCAGCCACUGAUUCCCAGACGUUCCCCAACGCUGAAGCCGUAGCAGAACAGAAAUACUGGGAACUGGAGCCUGUGCAUACUUAUGAAGAGGCUCUGCACAUACGUGCUCGUGAUGAUCAGAUUGAUUUCUAUGCAGUUGGAAGGCAUGGAGAAAAUGCAAGGGAUGCAGCAGAUUUCCCAGCCAAUCAUGUCUACUCAGAGGUCAACAUUAAAGGGCAGAGCAGAGAUGACCCCAUAUCGGCUUCUCCGACACGCCGGGCCGGCACAACACUUACCUCUAUCCCGUCCUCCACAAGACCUGUUCCGAGACUGCCACCAAGGUUUGCCCCUAGACCUGCCCAUGCUCCAGUACGACCCGAGAGCAGUACUCAGAAUAUCAGUGUUCCAUCAAUGAAGAAUCCACCCCUCCAAUCCACGCAGCCGCUGGCACAAAACUCCGAGUUCUCCAUAUAUGAACAGAUUCCAGAAAGGCCAAAGAAAUCCAGACCUCCACUGCCACCACCUCCGAACUCCAAACGCUGACUCCAGGUCACCACCAGCUGACAUCUAACCCUUUCUACUAGCAAAUACACCCGUUUUACACUGGAUAAGACAGCUACUCACAGAAAGCGAUAAAUACCGAUACCAAAAGCCUACAGGAAUCAUUCCAUGUGAUGCAUAUGGUACUGUACAUUGCAAAGCUUACCUUAUCCUGCACAGGUGCCACUUCAGCAUUCUUUUAUAUUUUAUUAUUUUUUGAUAGUUGACAAAGGUUGGAUAGCAUGUUUGGUGGCACAAAAUAUUCAGUAUGAACUUUAAUCUCUUGGACUGACAGCAUGCCGAGUCUGAUUCACCACUGUCUCUGACACAGACCUGUGUAUAAAGAGGAUUUAUACUGUAUCUACUAUACAAUGGAAUUAAUCAGUUGGAACAUUAAAGGUGGGGUAUGAGAUUUUU